AUGGACCGACUCUUCAAGUCAGUUUUGAGCAUCCGCGAGUUGAAAUUCCACGUAGAUGACGACUACAUCGAUCGCUUGAGUCGCCAAUACACCGUCGUCCUCAUGGUCCUCUUCGCAUUUCUGGUCAGUACGAAGCAGUUCGUCGGCACCCCCAUCAACUGCUGGUGUCCAGCCGAGUUCACAUCGAGCCACGUCGACUACACGAAUGCGGUCUGCUGGGUGAGCAACACAUACUACGUCACCAUCGACAGCAUCGUGCCCGCGGAGAGGCUGGACAUGACGACGCGUGACAAUCAGAAGAUCAGCUACUACCAGUGGGUCCCGUUCAUAUUGAUCAUCCAAGGAGUCCUCUCCUUCAUUCCCUGCCAAAUUUGGCGGUUCAUGAACAAGAGGUCCGGAAUCAAUUUGAGCACUGUAAUGGACGCAGCGCAUGUCAGUUCGGAAGCCGCUUACUUGGAGAUUCGUGAGAAAGCAGUGAGGUACGUGGUGAACCAGAUGGAUCGGUACUUGAUGGCUCAGAGAGACCACAGGACUGGUUGUUGCGUCAGGGUGAAACAUUUCGUUGCCAAACUGUGUUGUAUUAUUGGUGGGCGCCUGUAUGGCAACUAUCUCAUAUCUGCCUACUUAUUCAUCAAACUCUUGUACAUAAUCAACGCCAUUGGUCAGCUCUUCUUGUUAGAUGUUCUACUCGUCAGUGACUUCCAUCUCUACGGAGUUUACAUCCUGGAGCGUCUGUUGCGAGGACAGGAUUGGACCUGGUCCAACAACUUUCCACGCGUUACGUUAUGCGAAUUUGAUAUGAGGCUUCAGUCGAGAAUCUUAUCAUACAUCGUCCAGUGUACUCUUACCAUCAACCUCUUCAAUGAAAAAAUUUUUUUCUUCGUCUGGUUCUGGUACGUUUUUGUGGCCGGGGUUACCCUAAUAAACUUCUUUCAAUGGCUCUUCAAGGCGUUGUAUUGGCCGGGACAGAUUCAAUACGUGAGGAAGCACAUCAGGGCAUUCGACACGACACAGCAGAGGGAGCACGGUGUUUUGUCAAAGUUCACCGAGUGCUAUCUCCGCAGGGAUGGUAUGUUUAUCAUCCGAUUGAUCGGAAUUAACAUGGGCGAGGUGGCAGCCGGGGAAGUUUUGUGUGGCCUGUGGAAUAACUACAGCCCUGAACGGAGACUUAUGUCCGAGAAACCUGGUCGCAAGCAGUUCAGCAGUAGUGGCUCACGGCCAACGGGCGGUGUAAGAAGGAUGGAAAUAGUCUAG